UAGAACGUCUCGAAUUUUACAUUUACGUUUUCAAAUUAAUGUUGGCAGGUUACCGGUCGCGACUGGGGUAUGAAAAAGGAUAACAACCGUCGGUUAGGGCAAGGCUUUUUUUUUCAGGCAUUUAGACGCCCGCGGAAAAAAAGCGAAAAUUACUGAGGCGGGCGGGCGGAAAAAAAAGGGAGCGGGCGGGCGCGGCCCCGACACCGAGCGCGGCCCCGACACCGGGCGCGGCCCCAGGGCCGGGGGUGACGGAUUCUGUUCUGAGAAGAAUUGACUGUGAGAGAACUGGGAGCAACAAAAGCAAGCUGGUGUUGAAGCCAAGAUGGAACAUCAAAGAGGAGGCAUAGUAGACAGUUGUGGUGUCUACACAGACUUUGCUUCUGAGCAGGAAUACGCGCUGCAUGGCAUCGUUGAGCUGCGUGAUGGACCACACCCUCUCCAAGGUGAAGGGUGCUUUAGCGCGGAUGUGGCGGACCUUGUGACCAGAGCCGUGGAUGGGCAGUGUUCCAAUCCUCUGGACCAACCUGGUCCCAAAGAUGUGCAGCAAGCCGUAACCCUGGAGGUGACUGUGGCGUCCAUGCCGGAUCUGCCAGAAAGCGGUCAAGGAAGUGACGGGAAGGACCUCGCGGAGCAAACUGACCAACAGGAUGAGAAGAUGGAGGCUGUUAACAACCAGCCAGGUGCUUUGAUCCAAAUGGAGAGACUUUGUUGCUGCCACAAGUGCAAUGAGAGCUUUGAGGACCAAGACAGUUUGACUGAUCAUCUCCAACGUCACACAGCGGCCACCAAACGUCCUCGGUUCCCCAAGUCCGAAGAUGAGGCCAGAUCACAGGCGAAGCGCCCUCGGUUGGUGCGGAGGAAGAAGAGCAAGGUUGACGCCGCCUUGGAGGGAGACACCGACACCAGGGCAAACUCAGCCAUUGCCUCCUGCAAGAAGUACCACUGCCCCGUCUGUAGUAAAGAAUUCCCCCAGGCACGAGCCUUGAAAGAGCAUGUGGGCUCGUGCUGCAGUGGCACUGAAGCACCUGGGCAGCUGAGAGAUGGCUGUGCAGUUAAGCCCUUUCCUUGCCCUUACCGGACAUGCAGGCUGACGUUCCAGACCACAGCGGAGGUGGAUGAGCACCAGCGCGUCCACUACCCCUUCCGCUGUGACCAGUGCGAUGUCAUGUGCUCUAACGCCAAGCUCUUAGCACAGCACAAGAAGCGCAGCCGGCUGAGGACUAAAAAGUCCAAGUGUGAGCUCUGCCCCUUUGAGAGCUGCGGGCCACGCGAUCUGAACAAGCACUACAGUGCGAAGCAUCGAGACAAGACAGCUUACGCCUGCAAUAGAUGUGACUUCAUCAGCCGCUAUCGCAAGGUUUUGAAGAAACACCUGACUCUGCACUCUGAUGAGAACGGUAGUAUUGCUGAAGAGAGCAAUGUACAUGAGAGGAGACGGGGGCCGGACAAUGACAGCGUCGUGGCACAGACACGGACCAGAAAACGGAAACUAUCUGCUUGUGAAGAGGAGAACCUGGUGUCGGAGACUGUCUCAGAGGACAAUAGGAGUAGAAGGAAAAAAUCCUUAAGACAGAGGCAUUUCAAAGUUGAUGUCCAAGAAGGAAUGGAACAUCUGUACAAGACCCACAUCUGCCCGGAAUGCAAGCGCUGCUUCAAAAAGAGAACUCAUCUGGUGGAGCACCUUCACCUCCACUUCCCGGACCCCAGUCUCCAGUGCCCUCACUGUCAGAAGUUCUUCACCAGCAAGGGCAAGCUGAAGGUCCACCUCAUGAGGGAGCUGGGCGAGAAGACCCACCACUGCCCUCUGUGCGACUACAGCGCGGUGGAGAAGAACUCGCUGAACCGCCACAUGGCCAGCAUGCACGAGAACACCACCAACUUCUACUCUGAGGUCUACUCCUGCCCGGCAUGCGAGGAGAAAUUCACCGUCAGCAACGCGCUGAAGGAGCACAUGAAGAGCCACAAGGAGGAGCGGCGUCCGCUGGACUGCUUCGAAGGGGGCUGCAGCUACACGGCAGAGGAGCGCAAGGACUUCGUUCGCCACCUCAAGGAGGUGCACGGUGCCCGGGCGGUGGAGUGCCGCUACCGGACGUGCGGCUCGCUUUUCGGCUCGGAGGCUGGCAUGGAGGCACACCGCCGGACCCAUUAUGCCUUCCACUGCGACCAGUGCGACUUCGUCUGCUCCAACAAGCAUGUAUUCCGGCGGCACAAGCGCAGGGGACACCCGGGCAGUGAGGAGCUGGCCUGCAGCUUCUGCCCCUACAAGACCUUCAACCCCGUGGAGUUCAACGACCACGUGGGCAAGAUGCACGCCAACGAGAAGAUCCACAAGUGCAGUGAAUGCGACUUUGCCACGGCGCACAAGAGAGUCCUCAACAGGCAUAUUCUGCUGCACACAGGCGAGAAGCCACAUAAAUGUGAACUCUGCGAUUUCACCUGCAGGGACAUGGGUUACCUGUCGAAGCACAUGCUCACGCAUUCUGACGAUAAGAAUUACAUGUGUACGGAGUGUGGUUACAUUACCAAGUGGAAGCACUACCUUACAGUGCACAUGCGCAAACAUACCGGGGACCUGAGGUAUCAUUGUAAUCAGUGUUCGUACCGCUGUCACCGUGCAGAUCAGCUCAGCAGCCAUAAACUGCGGCACCAGGGCAAGUCACUCAUCUGUGAGGUGUGCGGUUUCGCAUGCAAGCGCAAGUACGAGCUGCAGAAACACAUGCAGAUGAAGCACUCAAAGGACUACCAAAUGCCCCUCUACCAGUGCCAGUACUGCAGUUACCAGACACAGUACAAGCAGGCUCUGCUCAACCAUGAGAACUGCAAGCACACCAAGCUCAAGGAAUUCCGCUGUGCCCUCUGCUCCUACAAGACUUUCAGCAACACCAGCCUCUUCUUCCACAAGCGGAAGGUCCAUGGCUACGUGCCGGGCGACAAGGAGUGGCUGGUGAACUAUGCCAAGGAGGAGAUGGCUAUGAACUCGACCCAGAACCUGCUGGCGUACAGCGACGCGAACAUAAUUCUCUCAAGCUCGGCCAAGACCGAAAUGGCUGCAACAUCUUCGAGGAACGAAGUGUGGCAAAGCAAGGGUUCCGCGGCUGGGGAGGAACUAGAGGAGGGCUACCAGCCCAACUUUGGACCUCCUGCCUUUGGGGCUGGUGAAGUGCCACAGGGCAGAGCUGCACCACCAGAACCGAUACACCUGGGGCACCUCCUGGCACACUCUGCCAACACAGAACAAGUGAGCGCAGCUGGCACCACAGAGCCUGGGGAGGCUGGUGCCGAAAGCGGCCAGGAUAUGGAGAGGGAGUUUCCGAAGGACUUGAGCGGAAAUGGUUCGCAGCUAGAGGAGGUCUUCAACGCUCAGCUGGGGUUCCCUAAUGCCCCCUCAGAGGACAUGGCAAAGCAGAUUUCCAGCUCCCAGUUGCCAUCCCUGGAUUGCUGGGCACCGUGUGAUACCGGUACCAUGUACAGAGACUUUGGACUUAACGCCACAGAUGUUGAACAGACGGACAUCGGCAAUGAUGAGGCUGACGUGGGAGAGCAUUGUGAUGAUGAGGAAGUUGGAGAGGGGGACCACGUCGUAGGGAACCAAGAGGAGGUGGGACAUGGCAUUGACGUCUUCAUGGAUGAAGAUCAGAACACAGUGUACGAGCUUUCGGAAAAGACUGGAGAACCCAGCCAGGAGACCGGUGAUACACCCGCCUGUGGUGAGGCCGGUGGGACUUGUGCAGGUGUGAUUGAACCCCAGCUGCCUCAACCUGCAGAUGGAGAUCGAGUCUCUCCCGAACCCCAUGACGUCGCAGCCUCGGGGUGGGGCAGCAGUCCUGGGCCAGAAAGUCAGGAGGAAGCGCGGCUCUCCCGGUCUGAGUCCGAGAUCAAGGCCCUGAGGAAGCAGGACAAGCAGCAGGCCCAAGCCCUGGUCUUGGAGGGAAGGGUGCAGAUGCUGGUGGUGCAGACGGACGCUCAGGUGUUCAAGUGCGAGAGGUGUUCGUACAUCACCAGGAAGGAGAAGGCCAUGGUCCUUCACACAAAGUCUGGCUGCCAGAGCAAGAAGACGCCCCUGGUGUGCACCGCCUGCGGGGCCACCUUCAAGCAGCAGCGAGGUCUCAACACUCACAUCCAAAAGAAGUGCCCCAUCAUCAUAAAGAAGCACAAGUUGUACAUGCGCCAGGCUGCAGUGAAACUGCCCACUGCCCAGCCAGAUGGAGAGGGAGAGCCAGCUGCUGAUGCAAAGGAUGUGCAAGUGUCAUCCCAGAGGACAGGCCAGCACAAGAGGGAAGAGCCAGGCCUAGAUCCAGAUAAAACCACAGAGGUUUCUGGCGUUGAAGAGCCACCAGUCAAAGAUGACAUACAACCUGUCCAAGUCCUAGAAGAAGGGAGCACCUCGCAAGAAAAGCCAGCUGCUUGCGAGGAAGAGGAGGUGUCGGAGAAGGCCUCGGAUGAUGCUUCACCGGUUAACGAGGAGACUCUACCUUCAUCCCAAGAGGACGAGUCUUUGACUGACUCAGAGAAGGGCCAGCAGAAGUUGGGGGCGGAGAAGUUCACGUUUGCCCAGGGCCAGUACUCGUGCGCCUCGUGCCCUUUUGUCUGCUCCAGCAAACUGGACAUCGGCAGCCAUGUGUCGAGCGGCUGCCCCUCUCCCCUCAAGCUGCCUUGUGGCCUCUGCCAGCUGCUCUUCCGCUCGGAGAGGGCGCUGAGGAACCACCAGGCCAUCAAGCACACCGAGGAGCAGGAGUCCCCCUCGGAGCAGAGCGAGGCAAGCAAGGGGUCCUCCAGCGAAGACGAGGGGGGCUCAGGGAGCGCGGAGACGGCGGAGGAGAGCGCUGAAUCCGGGGCGGAUUGCGGCACCAAGCGCCGCCGCUUCUCCUGCCCCUCCUGCCCCUUCAGCUGUUACCAGGAGCGCGCCAUGGACACCCACCGGAGGAAGGGCUGCCUGAAGCCCGGUGAGCUCCAGUGCGGCCUCUGCUCGUUCGUCUGCAAGUCGCCGGCGGCCCUCCAGCACCAUGCCCGGCUGCACGGCAGGAAGAGCUGCCGCAAACGGCCCCGUCUCAGCUGCCGGCUCUGCCCCUUCACCUGCAAGCAGCCGCGCUGCCUGCAGCAGCACGUCGCCAUCAAACACGACGGCAUCAAGCCCUACAAGUGCAGCUACUGUGACUUCGGCACCACCCGCCGCUACCGGCUGGACGCCCACGAGUCUCUGCAUACUGGGCUGGGCCGGCUGGCCUGUGACCUCUGCCAGCAGACCUUUGGCACCGGCUCCAAGCUGCGCAUCCACAAGCUGCGGGUGCACGAGAAGCGCCCCACCCACUUCUGCGCCCUGUGCGACUACAGUGGCUACAACCAGAAUGACAUCACCCGGCACAUGGGCAGUUGCCACGCUGGCAAGCCCAGCGCCGCCUGCGGCCACUGCGAGGCCCAGUUCAGCUCUGAGGGCGCCCUGAAGCAACAUUGCCUGCGCCGGCACGAGGAGAGGGGCUGCCACGGCUGCCCCUCCUGCCUCUUCGCCUGCCGCAGCCAGUCCACGCUCAAGAGCCACGUGCAGCGGCAGCACCCGCAGCUGGAGUGCCCCGCCUGCAAGGAGCGCUUCCAGGGCCGGGAGCAGCUGGAGGAGCACAGGAAGGUCCACUUCAGCCACCACUGCCCCCACUGCCCCUUCGCCACCCGCGAGCGGCAGCAGCUGAUUCAGCACCUGCUCGACAGCCACGAGGAGGAGGACGAGGGAGGGGAGGAAGAGGAGGGGGCGGCUGCGGGCAAGCCCUUCCGCUGCCCCUUCUGCAGCUUCGCCUGCCGCCACCAGAUGGUGUUCGACUACCACAUGAAGGGCCACGGGGGCACGCGGCUGUACAAGUGCACCGACUGUGAGUACACCACCAAAAACCGGCAGAAGAUCACCUGGCACAUCCGCAUCCACACUGGCGAGAAGCCCUACAAGUGCCACCUCUGCAGUUACGCCUGUGCUGACCCGUCACGCUUAAAGUACCACAUGCGAAUUCACCAGGAGGAGAGGAAGUAUCUGUGUCCGGACUGUGGCUACAAGUGCAAGUGGAUUAACCAGCUCAAGUACCACAUGACCAAGCAUACAGGCGCCAAGCCCUACCAGUGUGACCAGUGCGAUUACUGCACAAACCGUGCCGACGCGCUGCGGACCCACAAGGAGACGCGGCACAAGGAGGCGCGCAGCUUCAUCUGCGAGCAAUGCGGCAAAGGCUUCAAGACCCGCUUCCUCCUGAAGACCCACCUGAAGAAGCACAGUGAGGAGAAGCCCUACGUGUGCAGCGUCUGCCACCGGGGCUUCCGCUGGCAGGCUGGCCUGCGCCACCACUACCUAACCCACACCAACGAGCACCCCUUCUUCUGCCGGCACUGCAGCUACAAGGCCAAGCAGAAGUUCCAGGUGGUCAAACACAUUCAGCGGCACCACCCACUGAAAGCCUCGGGUGACCUCAGCGAGGGGGUGGGCAAGGUGCCGGUCACCCACGUCCUGGGUACCCGCGAUGCGAGCACUGGAGAUCCUGCCCUCCCACUGGACUCUGCUGGUGUCGAUAGUCCGGUCACAAGCUCAUGAGCGAAGGAACCAAAGCCUUUGGGAGUGAAUACAACGUGUGGGUCUGUCCCAUGCUGCCUGGUCUUUGUGCUGAUAAUUUGAAGAGAGCUGGCUUAACCCAAGGUGUGUGUGUGCAGGAUGAUGCGUUGUUGCAGCGAGCUGGGAACUGCACUGCCCAAAGAAGCCCAAAGAAAGGCAACCAGUUGCUUUAGAGCUUAUCUACUGAGACUCUUAAACUUCACUGCACCGCUGUAAGCAACAAAAUUAGCGUCUCUCACAAAAGAGGGCUUGUGCCUUUUAGCUGAGUAUUUACUUGCAGCAAACUACCUGAACCAGAGUUUUCUGACCUGCCUCCCACCAUCACAGAACUGUGAGGCGAGCUGCAAGGGGCUGUCACGUAAGGUUCUGCAAGAUGGGAAAGUUGUGGGCUUCCCAAAGGGAGACGAUGAGAGCGGAAGACGAGGUGUUUCGCACGUGGUAGAGAGACAGGAUAACUGAUUGCUGGCUGCAUUUAUUUCUUACCCCAUGGAAACUGCAAAACUUCACAGCUCUAGCCUCUGCUGUAAUCCCGUUCCUGAUGGAAAUGUGGGCUAAAGUUUCCGCAUAAACAAUCCAGUGAUCGGUGUUAAGCUUUUCAUGAGACUUGAUGGUGGAGUUGAGCAAUAUUUAAACCCCAGUUGAAUAAACACAACUUAGGGAAAAAAAAUGGCUUUGAAAUGGACAGGGUCCACUGAGGAAUUUUGCCGCCCAAUCCUUUUUUAACUGGUGCCUUUGGUGGAAAUUCAUUGCCCACCCUUAGACCACCUCACCUUUCAAUUUUCACUGUGCAAUGGGGCAAGAUGUAGCAAAUGAGCAGGUGCACACCUGUUAGCUUACUGAAGAUGGGACCUCACAAGACAGAGGGUGUGUUAGGUCAGAAGCUGCUCCCUGUUAAUAUUGAGCCAUUUCGGGGCAAGGAUUCAGUUUAGUUUUGACAGCUGAGCUGUUAUUUACUGACUAUUUCUCUCUUAAUUAUUAGUGCUCUUUCUGUUUCUGCUCACAGUGUUGCUAGAGGAUUUUUAUUUUUGAAUGGCUUCCUGGGGGCCUUGAGAGAUAGUAUCUGAGUAACCGAACCUUCUCGAUGUAACCUUGGCUUGGUAGAGCAACAAUGGGUUGUUCAGUCCAACUGGUCCAUGUGGGUCUUUGCUCUUCAUGCACCAUCUCCCAUCCUUCCAGCUCAUCCUGUCUGAGUAACCGUCUUGUUUAUACUCUUGGGUGCCUUUCCUGUUUCUCUCCUGAAGAUAGUGACCAUUGCCAGGGUACAGAGGGUUCUCAGUACAUGGACGUGUUUAUCAUAAGAUCCCUGAUAUGGCUUGUACAGAGGAAAUUGGACUAUUGCAAGGUUUGCAUUAUAACAAGAGCCUCCCCAACACCCCUCCAUCUCCAACUGCCAAGCAAGACUGGAAGAUGAUGCAUUGGCUGGUCCUUGUGUUAGUCCUCCCUCUCACCCUCCCAACCCCUUCCUCCACUUGUGGCAUCUAAGGUCAGUUUCAGUGUGCCAUCAGCCUCUCUUACCGACUGGUUACACAGCCCACAUCUGAGUGACUUCCUCGGGCAGCUGAGCCCACAGGAAUCCCUGAGAUUUGAUUCUGUAGUCAUCACCCAUUGCUCCUCAAAAUACACACAUCUCGAUCCAAUAUACCAAACUGAGGGAGAACAAGUGCAUGGUGGUAAUCAAAAAUAAAUUCCUUCUAAACCAACAAGUGCAUGGAAACAUUCCCUGUGGAUUCAUACAGCGCAGAAGUCAAUGUGCCUGUGCCAACUUUUCUCCAUAGAAGUUAGGAGGAGGCCACUCAUCCCCUGGAGUCUGUUCCAGCAUUCAAUAAGCUCAUGGCUGAACUGAACCUCAGUUUUGCAUUCCUGCCUACCCUGGUCACCUUUCACGCCCUUGCUUAUCAAGAGUCUAUCAAAUUCUCGUCUUAAAGAUAUGCAGGAGACAGAAGAGACUGCAGGUGCUGAAACCUGGAGCAACACACAAUCUGCUGGAGGAACUCAGCGGGUCAAGCAGCAUCUGUAGGGGGGAGGAAUUACAUAGAAGAUAGAACAGUACGGCACAGUACUGUGAUCAAUCUAACCCUUUCCUCCUACACAGCCAUUCUUGCAUCCAUGUGCCUAUCUAAGAGUCCUUUAAAAGUCCCUAUUGUAUCAGCCUCUACCACCACCCCCGGCAGUGCAUUCCAGGCACCCACCACUCUCUGUGUUUAAAAAAAAACCUACCUCUGACAUCUCCCCUAAACUUCCCUCCACUCACCUUAAACAGAUGUCCUCUGAUAUUGGCCUUUGCCGCCCUGGGGUAAAGGUGCUGGCUGUCCACUCUAUCUAUACCCCUCAUAACCUCAUACAUCUCUAUCAAGUCACCUCUCAUCCUCCGUCACUCCAAACAGAAAAGCCCUAGCUCGUUCAACCUAUCUUCAUAAGACAUGUUCUCUAAUCGAGGCAGCAUCUUGGUAAAUCUCCUCUGCACCCUCUCUAAAGUUUUCACAUCCUUCCCAUAAUGAGGCAUCUGGAACUGAACACAAUACUCUUAGUGUGGUCUAACCAGAGUUUUAUAGAGCUGCAACAUUACUUCGUGGCUCUUGAACUCAAUCUCUCAACUAAUGAAUGCCAGUACACGAUAUGCCUUCUUAACUACCCUAUCAACUUGCUCAGCAACUUUGAGGAAUCUAUUGACUUGGACCCCAAGAUCCCUCUGUUCCUCCACACUACUAAGAAUCCUGCCAUUAACCUUGUAUUCUGCCUUCAAAUUCAAUCUUCCAAUUGUCAACGUUUUGGGCCGAAAACAGUCCUGAUGCAGGGUUUCGAUCGGAAAUGUCAACAAUUCCUUUCCUCCCUCAGAUGCUGCUUGACCCGCUGAGUUCCUCCAGCAGAUUGUUGCUUAAGAAUAUUCAGACGUCUUCCUCAAUGGGCAGUGGAAGCAGGUUUCAAAGACUCUGAAACCUCAUUCAUCUUACCACUGUUGUAAAUGAGCACCAGUUUAGUUUUAAACAGUGACCUUAGUUUUCGAUUCUCCCACAGGUGGAAAUAGCCGCUCCAUACUCCAGCCUGUCAACACUGCUCCAUCUGCCCAUCACCCACACGCUCCUCCCACCGGUUCCCCUCCCCACCUCCCUCCCUUUAUUCCCUGCUCCACUGUCCUCUCCUGUCAGAUUCCAUCAUCUUCAGCCCUUUGUCACUUCCACCUGUCACACCCCUCACCUGGAUCCACCUAUCACCCUCCACCCCUUACCUCCACCUCUUUAUAUGGGCUAUCUCCCCCUUUCUUUCUAGCCCUGAUGAAAGGUCUCGACCCGAAACAUCGACUGUCCACUUCCCUCCACAGAUGCUGCCUGACCCGCUGAGUUCCUCACUACUUUUUAACUUUUAAUUGUCCCCUCUCAUUCUUCUAAACUUCAGCAUAUACAAGCCUAGUCUGUCGAACCUUUUCUCAUUCAUUGAACAACUUGCCCCUUCCAGUAAAUCCUUGAAUUGCUUCCAAUGCACUAACAUCUUUCCUUCAAUGAGGUGUAAGUGGGUAAUGUGUCCCUUUGCUGAGACCUGGGGUCCAAUCCACCUCAAAGAUCUGGAAUGAGGGCUUCUCCCAUCUACCAGCUGUGAGACAAACAACUUAAAUUUCUAUUAGUGCCUUUCUUGAGCUCAAGGGCAUCCCAAAAAAUAUCACAGCCAAUGAAAUGUUGCUUGAAGUUGUCGUAUAGGAAAUAUGGUGACUAAUUUGCACACAGCAAGGUCCCACGAGAAAAACAAUGUGAUCACAUGCCUAGCUGAUCGAUUCUUCAAUGUUAGUUGGAAGAGUGCUAUUGGUUCAUGGUAACAGGGACAUCUCACUUGGUGGAGGCUCUCCUCUGUCCACCUGAGAGUUCACUUAUCUGGGUUUACCUUCUCAUCUGAAAGAUGGAAGCUCCACCAUUGCAGGAGACCCUCAGUACUGAACUGUGAGUGCCAGCCUGGAUUAUGUGGCUCAACUCUUGAGUGGAGUCAUAAACUCACUUCCAGUUUUGAGGGGAAAACUUUAUUGCCAAUCAUGUACCAGCCUUAGUUUCAUAGAGUUAAGCAGCACAGAAACAGGCCCUUCGGCCCAACUUGUCCAUGCCAACCAAGAUGCCUAACUACGCUGAUCCCAUUUGCCUGCAUUUGGCCCAUAUCCCUCUAAACCUUUCCUAUCCAUGAACCUUCCAAAUGUCUCUUAAAUGUUGUAAUUGUACCGGCCUCAACCACUUCCUCUGGCAGCUUGUUCCAUGUACCCAAUACCCUAUGUGGAAAAAGUUGCCCCUCAGUUCCCCUUUAAAUCUUUCCCCUCUCACCUUAAACCUGUGCCCUCUAGCUUUAGACUCCCCUACCCUGGGGAAAAGACUGUGAACAUCCACUUUAUCUAUGCCCCUUGUGGUUUUAUAUACUUCUAUAAGGUCACUCUCAGCCUAUCCAAUCCAUUUCAUCUCCUAGAGAGUUGUGCCCACUUCAAACUGCCUGUUUGUACUGGAUAGAUAGAGUUAGUAUUGAAGUCGGACUCCUGAAGGCAAGUAGGAGGCCAAAGUUCUGUGGAUUCUUGUUACCUAAAUGUCUAUGAGAAGCCAGUCAUUUACACCUGAGCUUCAAGAGAAUGGGUGGGAGAUUACUCUGGGUAGUCCUCCCCGGGGCCUGUCCUGGGCCAAGUAUAGAGUAAAUAGGCCCAGGAGUGCGACUCUGUCCCAACCGUUCUUUCUUUAACUGCACCAGUCUUGCUAUCCCAUUGCCCCUUUAGGUGAGAUUGCCAGUGAGUACUGAGUUGGAAAGGUUGGGACCUGGUGUGAGAUCUGGCCAGGUUUUGUCAUUUUCAGUCUAGGUUGGACCCAAGUGGUCACACAAGUAAAUAGCCGUGGAUACGUAGAACAGUACAACACAGGAACAGGCCCUUUGGCCCAGAAUGUCUGUGCUGAACAUGAUGCCAAUUUAAACUAAUCCCUUCUGCCUGCACAUGAUCGACAUCCCUCCAUUCCCUGCACAUUCAUGUGUCCAUUUAAAAGCAUCUUAAAUGCCUCUAUCAUAUCUGCUUCCACCACCACCCCUGGCAGCCCGUUUCAGGCACCCACCAUUCUCUGCGUGUAAACAAAAGAUUGCUUCGCAUAUCCCUUUAAACUUUACCCCUCUCGCCUUAAAGCUAUGCCCUCUAGUAGUCAACAUUUCUACCCUGGGAAAAAGAUUCUGGUUUCUUCUCCAUUGAUGUUCUCAUGAUUUUAUAAACUUCUGUCAGAUCUCCCCUCAGCCUCUGAUACUCCAGAGAAAACAAUCCAAAUUUGUUCAACCUCCUCUUAUAGCUAAUAGUGCCUUUAAAGUUCCCCACUUCAUAUUGCUGUUGAAAUUUGGCUCAGAGUAGCUCCAGGGGUUCAAUCUUUGACCAACCACAGCUUGCUGAAGCUUAUAUGCAAGUCCCUUUGCUGUGAUGCCACUUGAGGCCCUGGGUAGUAGGGAGAUGGUGGACAGGCUAGGACUUUAUUCCUCGGAGCGUAGGAGACUGAGGGGUGACCUUACAGAGGUGUAUAAAAUCACGAGGAGCAUAGAUAGGGUGAAUGCCCACAGUCUUUUUCCCAGGGUUGGGGAAUCAAGGGCAUAGGUUUAAGGUGAGAGGAGAGAGAUUUAACUGGAACCUGAAGGGCAACUUUUUCACACAGAGGGUGGUGUGUAUGUGGAACCAGCUGCUAGAGGAAGUAGUUGAGGCAGGUACAGCAACAACAUUUAAAAGACAUUUGGGCAGGUACAUGAAUAGGAAAGAUUUGGAGGAAUAUGGGCCAUAUGAAGGCAAAUGGGACUAGCUUAGAUGGACAUCUUGGUCAGCAUGGACCAGUUGGGCUGAAGGGCCUGUUUCUGUGCUGUAUGACUCUAUGACUGACUCUCCCAACCAGAACCUGUAUCCCCCUCCUUCCCCACAGCCUUGAGCCCUUUGUUCCUGCCUGUCCCCAGUUUGAGCCCCUGACGAUGGAAUCUGCACAUUGUGUCAUCUCUUUGAAGAGCAGGAAACCAAGGUUGGGCAGAAGGAGGUGGAGCUUUCAUUUCUAAAGGACUGUGCAAGGACAGUGAAGUUCCAGAGCACACAGCAGGCAUGGUGGGGCAGUGUCCAUGGUAAUAGCAGGAUACGGAGAUGGGAGCGAAUGAAAGUAUUGACACUAAUAGACGGAGAAUGUUAUCAGGUCAGGAAAACACAAGUGCUCCAGGGAAUGUGGAGUCUGUUGCAGUCACUGAGUUAGCAAAUUGUUGCUGUUACUCUACACAAGCACAGACCCCCACACAGCACACAGCGCUGUCCUGCAGAUAGCUCCCAUUCUACGCACACAUGGUCUCAGAGACAGGCAUGUAAUCCAGUCCCACAGAAAGGUCCCAUUCUGCAUACAACACAGUCGCACACACAGCAUGGUGCUAGCACACAGGUGUAAUUCGACACGUGGCACAAGGUCGUGUCCCACAGACUGGUCCUGUUCUACAUGCUCGUGUUGUCCCACAGACAGCUACCACACUGCACACAGUACAGUCCCACAAACUGCUCCCAUUCUACAGGUAGUACUGUCACACAAACAGCAAUGACCUGUUAAUUAAUUAAUUUUGUGGUGCUGGUUUCCGAUGGAAUAUCAUUGGCUAAGUGGAUUUAGAGCGUCUUGUAGAAUUGAUAACUUGUGUGGGUUUGGGGAUCUCGGGAGAAGUCCGCAGCCAUUAAACAUCUCUCACCCUCGGCUGACUUUCACACUGAUCUGAUCACCAAAAGGUACUGGGCUGGGGAGGAAACUGAGCCAAGGGGUGAGGCAGAAGGGCAGGAGAAGGUGUUGAACACUGAAAUGGUGCAAAUACUUCAACAGUAUGGUCACUGGAAGGUGUCUGGAAAACAUUUAAUGUAGUGGAGGUGAUUCCUCACAGAAAAAGCAGUCCUAAUUAGAAAUAUUAAUAUAUUGCUCAAUGAUCAUGUGCUAAUCGUAUGUAUAUGUUCAGCUUGUCUGUACAGAAUUGGAAGAUUGAAAAGCUUUGUUUUUUUCUACACGUGAUCUUGAAUCCCAUUAAAACCAUGGAAGGAUG